AUGGCCUCAACAACUACAGACGUUGCUCCCCCUACGGGUCCCUCCGCCGAAAGGACAGGCCCAAAUGUAUCACAUCGUGGAGGCCAUAGGGGUCGUGGUAGGCGUAGUGGUAGCGGCCCCGGAGGAGCAGGAGAAGGUCGAGGUGGUUCCCGUAAACCCCGCGGCGACCGCGGUGGAAGAGGAGGCCGUGACGGACGUCAGCAGCACCAAAACAAAGCCCAAGAUGGUGUACCGGAGGACGAGCAGCGACCAGAGUCAAGGGCUAGUGUUUUGGCUGGUCCUGCUGCACCCCAAGCAACAGCCGUGGUUAAGCCAGAUGCCGAUGACGUUGCUUCAGACGCGGAUUCUCCAGUUUGCUUUAUUUGUGCAGAUCCAGUCAUUUACUCUGCCAUUGCGCCGUGUACUCAUACUACCUGCCACAUAUGUGCGCUGCGUAUGAGAGCGUUAUAUAAGAAUAGGGCUUGUGCGCAUUGCAGGACAGAGGCGGAGUGGGUAAUAUUCUCGAAGCUUGAGGAAAAGAAAUUCACAGACUUCACGGCAUCCGACAUUGUCUCAGCAAACGAAGCUCUGGGAAUCAAAUUUGACGAUAAAGCUAUUGAAAGUGACACAAAUCUUCUACUGCACUACAAUUGUCCUGAAGACGAUUGCACUCGAGCGUGUCGAGGUUGGCCGGACUUACACCACCAUGUCAGGAGCGCUCAUUCAAGAGUUCUAUGUGAUCUCUGCGUUCGAAAUAAAAAGAUUUUUACGCAUGAACACACACUUUUCACCCAGCAAGAGCUCCGCAAGCACGAAAGGACAGGUGAUGAUCAACCGGGCUCUGAGAAUCAAAGUGGAUUCAAGGGCCACCCAGAGUGUGGUUUCUGUCGGCAACGGUUCUAUUCCUCCGAUGAACUCUUUACUCAUUGUCGGGACAAGCACGAGCGCUGCCACAUAUGUGACCGGAGAAACCCAACGGCGCAACAGCAGUAUUACAUCGACUACAAUGCGCUAGCAGCUCAUUUCACGAAAGACCACUUCAUGUGUGCAGAUGAAGAGUGUAUGGAGAAGAAGUUCAUUGUUUUCGAGAAUGAAGUUGACCUAAAAGCACAUCAACUUGAAGUACAUCCUAAUGGACUUUCAAAGAAUGCUAAAAGGGAUGCAAGAAGGGUUGAUCUCAGUCAAUUUGCAGAGCCCCGGAGUAACGAUAGAGGCGGGAACCGUCGCCGCCGCAAUGACGGUCGUGGGCAACAAGAGCAAGAGGAGGCUCCAAUAAGGAGUGAACAACAAAUGACCAGAGCUGAAUUGGCGUAUCAGAGAGAAUUGGCGUAUAAUAGAACUUUGGCUGUACAGAGCGCCCAGUCCACAACCCAGAGGACAUUUGGGGGACAAUUAACGGAACCGGCACACGCUGCUAGAGCACCACCACCUUCUGCAGCGAGACCAGCAGCGCAGCCUGUGGCUGCUACUACAAGCCAAGCACCCCCUGCACGUCCUCCAGCACGACCUGCUGAGCCAUCACCGGCGGUAGUGGCGGCGGCGGUGGCCCGGGAUGCGUUCCCGCCUUUGGCGAGGCCGAGUCCGCCCGUCUCAAGGCCAAGUCCACCCGUUUCGAGGCCGAGUCCCCCGGCUGCAGCCGCAUCGUCUAGUGCUACCCGGGGCCCAAUCACUAACGCCGGUAGGGGUGCACCGGUUACGGAUGACGUUAAGAGGUUGAGACAUGCUGCAGUAAUUGACAGGGCAUUAAAUAUGCUUCGGCACAGUGAUAAAAAACUCGACACCUUUAAAGCGGACAUCAGCAGGUAUCAUCAAGAUUCCUUAACAGCUAGUGGUCUGGUCAAUCAAUUCUGGGCCCUUUUUGACACGAACGCCUCUGAACUUGGCAUUUUGAUAAAAGAACUCGCCGAUCUUUUUGAAGACGAGCCAAAACGCCAAGGACUUCUCAAGGCCUGGAACGACUGGAAAGUCAUUAAUGAAGAUUAUCCCCCCUUUGCGGGCGCCUCUUCCUCUGGUUCUGGAGGAACGGAAAACUCUCGUGUACUCAAGAUCAAGUCCUCAACGUCUCAUUCAGCGCGAUCCACCACCGCCCGUCAGGGCGCCUGGGGAGCCGCUGCAGUAGUUCCAUCAUCUUCAUCUGCAUCUUUUUCUUCCGCUCCUUCCGUACCUGGCCCUGCACUGAGAUCGGCGAACCGCCAAGGCCCUGGCGCACAUACCCAAACACCUUGGGUAGCACCUAGCGCCCCCGCUCGACCGGCAGCGUCAGGUCCUUCUGUUCCUGCUGGACCUUCAAGAAAGGUGGGUAAGGAUGAGUUCCCAAGUCUGCCCACGAAGCCGCCGCCACCACCGGGAUGGGGCCCAAUCAAGAAGAAGGAUCCGUACACGGCUUAUAACGGCGCCCCUCCUCCGCAGGUAGGCGCAUGGGGGGGAGGAGGAAGCGGGGGUGAACAGAGUGCUGAACCUAGUGAGAGCGAAGAAGUCGGUGGGAGCAGCAAUGCAGGGAAGAAGAAGAAGGGCAAGCAGAAGCAGAUCCUGUUCCACGUUGGACUGUAA